AUCUCUCUCUCUCGUUUCUUUGUCGAGUCUUAAAGAAUUCAUCGAGUUCAAUUCAAACUCCUCGUGUAUUUGGCCACCUCUUAUUACCCUUUCACUAUUCAGACUUUUCCCAAGAAACAAUCAACCCUUUUUCUUUUUAUAUCCGUGUUUCUUAACCCACUUUCUUCGUAGCCCCCCCGUUAGAAAGAAAGAUCAUCAUAACAGUCCCAAUUUGAGUCCUGAAUCGCAUACCCUGCAUAUUUUCUCUGAUUUCAGAGCUCACCCACUUUCUUCACCAAGAAAAUUCCAACUCCAGCUCUAUCACUCAAUUUUCUGAUCCAAACCUGAAAAACGAGUUUGAAGAUUUGACAGCAGCAAGAGAUGGGCCUUUGUCUAAGCAAAUCAAAAAAUUUGGAUUCAAAUGUUAAUGGCCAUAGAUCAGGUGGUGGUGGUGGUGGAGUGCACUACCAAAAACCCCAAGAGCCACCAAUUCAUUACACCAAAUCCCCUGCUCCGGUGGCGGCAGCGCCACCACAGGCAUCCCCAAGCCCUAGACCAGUUUUAAGGCCAGAUACAAUUCUGGGUAAGCAAUAGAGGAUGUUAAAUCGUUUCUAAUACCUUAGGAAAGAAUUGGGUAGAGGUCAAUUUGGAGUUACCCAUCUUUGUACCCAAAUUUCAACCGGUCAGCAAUAUGCUUGUAAGUCUAUAUCUAAAAGAAAACUAGUUACUAGGAGUGAUAAGGAGGAUAUGAAGAGAGAGAUUCAGAUUAUGCAGCAUUUGAGUGGGCAAGCAAACAUUGUUGAAUUCAAGGGUGCUUAUGAGGACAAACAUUCAGUCCAUCUUGUGAUGGAACUAUGUGCCGGAGGCGAGCUCUUUGAUCGGAUUAUUGCCAAGGGGCAUUAUUCUGAAAAAGCCGCAUCUUCGAUUUGUAGGGCUAUUGUGAAUGUGGUGCAUAUAUGUCAUUUUAUGGGGGUGAUGCAUAGAGACUUGAAGCCCGAGAAUUUCUUGUUGUCUGACAAGAGUGAGAAAGCUCUGUUGAAGGCAACAGAUUUUGGGUUAUCAGUGUUCAUUGAAGAAGGCAAGGUGUAUCGAGACAUAGUUGGGAGUGCUUAUUAUGUUGCUCCUGAAGUCUUACGGCGUAGAUAUGGAAAAGAGAUAGAUAUUUGGAGCGCAGGAGUUAUAUUGUACAUUUUACUUAGUGGUGUACCUCCCUUCUGGGCCGAAACGGAGAAGGGAAUAUUUGAUGCCAUAUUGAAAGGAGAAAUUGACUUUGAUAGUCAACCUUGGCCGUCUAUAUCAAGAAGUGCCAAGGACCUGGUUCGGAGGAUGCUGACACAAGACCCAAAGAAACGAAUUACUUCUACUCAAGUUCUUGAGCAUCCAUGGAUUAGAGAAGGUGGAGAAGCAUCAGAUAAACCAAUCGACAGUGCAGUCCUAUCCAGGAUGAAGCAAUUCAGAGCAAUGAACAAACUCAAGAAACUUGCACUGAAGGUCAUUGCAGAAAAUCUAUCCCAGGACGAAAUACAAGGGCUGAAACAAAUGUUUACAAACAUUGACACCGACAACAGCGGCACAAUUACCUAUGAAGAGCUUAAGACGGGAUUGGCUCGACUUGGGUCGAAGCUCACAGAGGCUGAAGUUAAGCAGCUCAUGGAAGCUGCCGACGUGGAUGGAGAUGGGACAAUUGACUACAUUGAAUUCAUCACUGCUACAAUGCACAGACACAAACUAGAAAGAGAUGAACACCUUUACAAAGCAUUUCAGUAUUUUGAUACGGAUAAUAGCGGGUUUAUUACAAUGGAUGAACUAGAAUCAGCCAUGAAAAAUUAUGGAAUGGGCGACGAAGAUACCAUCAAGGAAAUAAUAUCAGAAGUUGACACUGACAAUGAUGGGAGAAUCAAUUAUGAAGAGUUCUGCGCGAUGAUGAGGAGCGGAACCCAGCAACAGCCUGGCGGCAAGCUCUUCUAGAACUAAUAGCGCUUACCUUUUCCAACUACUCGAGGGGCCAUGAUCAAGCAAUGGCGGCUUCUUCACACAUUUUUUUAUUAACAAAACUCGAGUUUGAAGGUUUUUACUUGGACACGUAGUGCACGGGUGCUUGUUUGCUCUCUUGUUUUUGGUUUUACCUUUGUGGCUUAGUUACAUUUCGACAAUUCUACGUGGACAGUUAUUUUUUUAUGUUAAAAAAUGUAUUUAUUCUUUGUUUUUUUUUUUGGGUCAAAACUGUUUGGUGAAGAUAAAGAAUUGGAGAUUUGUUUUGUGUUUGCAAUGUUAAAGGUUCAUAAAAUACUAUGGAA